AUGCCACGCAAAGCUGGUGUCUACGCAGUAGCGAUAGGCUUUAAGCCUGGUCUAUACGAGACGUGGGAUGAAGUCAAUGCUCAAGUGAGAGGAUAUCCUGGUGCAAAGCAUAAGAAAUUCGGGACGAGACAAGAAGCCACGGGAUGGCUAGCCGAAUCGGGCGUCGAUCUCGAUGCCUCCUCAAAAGCCGCUCAGCGCAGAUCAUGCAGCCCCGAGCCACGACCUCGAGAAAGGAAUCAUGGUCAAGAGAGAGUUCCUACAGCUACAGCGCGGAAGGUCACCGUCCCAAACACCAACACGAGCACACAGCCUUCUCUCCCCGUAUCACAAGUCAGAGAUCUCGAAACCGACCGCGCAGCUUUCCUCUUCAACAAUGUCUCCCCGUCACCUCUUUCGCCCAUUCUUGCAGACAUCGCCAAGAAAGGAUUUUCGUUCUCCAAGAGCUCGCCGCAUCAUCUGAUCGUCUAUACCGAUGGCUCCGCUCGAGGAAACGGUCAAGUUGGCUCGAAAGCGGGUGCGGGUGUGUGGUGGGGAUCUCAGGGUGAAGCAUCAAAGAGCAACUGGGCAGAACGUGUGCCAGGACAUCCUCAGACAAAUAACAGAGGCGAGCUACUUGCUGUCAUCAGAGCAAUAGAGCGAUGUCCAUAUCCCGACUUGCCUCUGGAAGUCAGGUGCGACUCUCGUUAUUCCAUUUCCUGUAUGACCGUCUGGCUGCCGAAGUGGGUUGAGAAGGGCUUCAAAGGCAGUAGAGGUGAACCGGUGAUGAAUGUCGAUCUCAUCAAACACCUGAUGACCAUCAUCCGCCGAAGAGGCCCCAAUGCCCCCGUCAGAUUCAAGCACGUUUCAGCCCACUCUGGCAUCAUAGGCAAUGAAGAAGCGGAUAGGUUGGCCAAGACAGGAGGCGCGUUGCCCGAUGUGAAAGAUAGGGGAGAGUGGCUGGACUUGGAUCUACCUGAAGAACCACAAGAUAACAAGCUGAUAUCUGUGGAUACGGAGAUUGACGAACGAUGGCUCAUGUCUGCCGAAGAGAUCGACCUUCUAGAAAGGGACCUUGCCGAAGGUGAUAGAGGAGUGGGCAGAGAUAGCUGA